CCGCCCGCCGCCCGCCCGCCGCCCGCCGCCCGCCGCCCGCCCCGCGCACUCGCCGGCUCCGGGCUCGCCGCGGUCCUCCCGUGCACACUUUGCCCGGCUCCUGAGCAUCCUGCGCCCGCCCGGAGGGGGCCCGCAGCUGCACUAGUCCGCAAUGAAGAGGCGGCCCCGACUCACUGACUCCCUUUGGGCCUGGACCCUCCUUUUCACCACAUUGACUGGAAGAAGCUAUGGACAAACUUCAUUACAAGAUGAACUCAAGGACAAUACCACUGUCUUCACCAGAAUUUUGGAUCGACUUCUAGAUGGUUAUGAUAAUCGCCUGAGACCAGGGUUGGGAGAGCGCGUAACUGAAGUCAAGACUGACAUCUUCGUCACCAGUUUUGGACCUGUCUCAGACCACGAUAUGGAAUACACAAUAGAUGUAUUUUUCCGUCAAAGCUGGAAGGACGAAAGGUUAAAGUUUAAAGGACCCAUGACAGUUCUACGUUUGAAUAACCUAAUGGCAAGUAAAAUCUGGACUCCGGACACCUUUUUCCACAAUGGAAAGAAGUCUGUGGCUCACAACAUGACUAUGCCCAACAAACUCCUGCGGAUCACAGAGGAUGGGACCUUGCUGUACACCAUGAGACUGACAGUGAGAGCUGAAUGCCCAAUGCAUUUGGAAGACUUUCCUAUGGAUGCCCAUGCCUGUCCACUGAAGUUUGGAAGCUAUGCCUAUACAAGAGCAGAGGUUGUUUAUGAGUGGACCAGAGAGCCAGCUCGCUCCGUGGUAGUAGCAGAAGAUGGAUCACGCCUAAACCAGUAUGAUCUUCUUGGACAAACAGUGGACUCUGGAAUUGUUCAGUCUAGUACUGGAGAGUAUGUUGUUAUGACCACUCAUUUUCACUUGAAGAGAAAGAUUGGCUAUUUUGUUAUUCAAACAUACCUGCCAUGCAUAAUGACGGUUAUUCUCUCACAAGUCUCCUUCUGGCUCAAUAGAGAGUCUGUACCAGCGAGGACUGUCUUUGGAGUGACAACUGUGCUCACCAUGACAACUCUGAGUAUUAGCGCCAGAAAUUCCCUCCCUAAAGUGGCUUAUGCAACUGCCAUGGACUGGUUUAUUGCAGUGUGCUAUGCCUUUGUGUUCUCAGCUCUGAUCGAGUUUGCCACAGUCAACUAUUUCACCAAGAGAGGUUAUGCAUGGGACGGCAAAAGUGUGGUUCCAGAAAAGCCAAAGAAAGUGAAAGAUCCUCUCAUUAAGAAAAACAACACUUAUGCUCCAACAGCAACCAGCUACACCCCUAAUUUGGCGAGGGGGGACCCCGGCUUGGCCACCAUUGCUAAAAGUGCAACCAUAGAACCCAAAGAAGUCAAACCAGAAACGAAACCACCAGAACCCAAGAAAACCUUUAACAGUGUCAGCAAAAUCGAUCGACUGUCAAGAAUAGCGUUCCCACUGCUAUUCGGAAUCUUUAACUUGGUCUACUGGGCGACCUACUUAAACCGAGAGCCUCAGCUCAAAGCCCCUACCCCGCACCAAUAGGUCCGUGUGUUCGCUUUCUGUUGUUCAGUCUUCCGCACUGGGGAUCGCUUUCUGUUCUCAAUGCAGUGAUUCCCUUCUGCUUUAUUGCCUCUGUCUUAAAAAAAAGAAUUUGAAGGUUUCCUUAUUUCCAUAAUUCAUACAAGAACAACAGACCCCUGUCCAGCAGUCCAGAGCAGAGCAGUGCUGAGCGUACAGCUGAAAGGCAGGAUUCUGAGCGAAGGGAACCCGAGGGGGCAAACGGCGACAGAAGGAACUAACCAGCCAGAGGGGACCCCGAGGGAAGUAGGGCCAAAGACGCGAGGAAAGGGAGAGGGAAAAGAGAAGGAACUCCAGGUCACUUGUAGAUAUAUAUUUCCAGAUAUUCUAAAAAAAUAUAUACUGUAUAUGUUAAAAAUAUUUUUAUGUGAAGGUGUUUAAAAGAAUAAACUAUAAAUGUUUCACAAAAAAAGAUUUAAAUCUGUCGUUAUUGCACAAACUGCAGUGUGCUUACAUUUUUACUUUUGUCUUAAAAUCUGAUGCAUAGCUUUAACCUGUCUUUUCAAAAGCUAAAGAUCAUCAUUCUUCCUCUUUUCAAAAAAAAAUGCCUAAUGCAUUAUUUUGUUGUUAAACGUUGUUUAAAAAUUCGUGGACAUUUCCUAGGAAAUGAUUCCGUUUCUUACUGUAGAAUGCAUUCGAUUCAGUUGAGAAAAAAAUUCUUUAAAUAAGCUACUUUACUGUCAUCUGAUCUUUGACCACUAGACUACAUGAGGAAACAUUUUAACAGACAUACAGCAAAUUAAAAAAUCUAAAAACAAAAUAGUUAAAAGAUUUUAAAAUAUUCUCUUCCUUUUACUCUAUCUCUUUGCAGAUAGCACAUGGGUCCACUAAUUCCUUUAUUCUCAUUAUGAAGAUGUUUUUUAGAGGGGCAAAAUAUUUUGCAAGUUCUAGAAUUGUUGAAUGUAUUAUUUUAUAUAAAAAGACACUAAAAGCUUUAGAUCGAAAUUUAUGACUAGUAAACAAAAAUAGAGUAUAGACGUUAUAUCUGUAAAUAUACAGCAUGAGGUUGUACUUUUUUUUACUUUUUUAAAAGUUAUGUUCCUGAAAUAUUGUGGAGACUCACCGCUCUUAGCUAUUAGAAUGUUGUUAAGUGCAAAGGACACUCACAUAAAGGCUGCAUUUAAGAACAGCACAGCCCACAGGAAUCAGAUGGAACUUAAAUACAUGGGUACAAAGUCCACUUAAAUAGAAAAAGCUUACAAUUUCAAGCUGUAGUCUGGUGUACAAUAGUAAAUCAGUUUCUAUCUGCUCAAGUCAUGCUGCAUUUCCCAAUUUUAAGCUCUUAUGACAUAGAAAGAAAGUGGAAAAGCAUUAGUGGGAGCUAGAAAAACAACUGUAUAUUGUUGCUUUCUUUGCUAAUACCUACUAUUUCAAUAAGUGUUGUACCAUAUGUAGCAGUAAAUAUAAAACUACAUGCAAAUGUACAGGAAAUAGCUCUUAUUAAGUAAUAUUACUACAUUUCAUUUAUACUGUAGCAAUACAUUUGUAGCUAUACUAUGUAAGGGCUUUAACUACAAGAGGUUCAUUAAUACUUCCUAUGAAAAUUCUAGUCUGUUUUAUUACUUCCCAGAUGUUUAAGAGAUAAAUAAUCACACAGAAGGUACUUUUGAAGUCUCCUUUCAUCUGAUAGAGUUUCAGAGAAUUUGAAAUUACUGUCCAGAAUCCACGGGUUAUGGUCUAAACGCAUUUACAAUGUUACAACACAAACCUAUCCGCCAAAUAAGAAAGUUGGGAUCUGUAUCUACAUUUUGAAAUAUUUUUCUCAAAAAGCUGCUAUCCAAUGAUAUAGGAAAUCGCAGUAUGUGGUUUCCUAAACAAACUCUGGUUUUUCUUUUUAAAUGUGCUUUAUUGUUUGAUUUGGUCCUGCUAAAUUUGAUGAGCUAAGUGAAGAAGAUAGGCUAAACCAAGAAUGUUUCAUCCUCCGGUUUCAUGUGUAGAUAUCAUGUAGAGAAAAAUGAUAUCAAAUAUGGCUCUAACUUCUGUGUUGUUGUUUAUCUUGUUAUUUUCUCGGUGUUAACCUGAUGUGUUUAUUGAGAGCAUUUUAUCUUCCAAACGCCUCAUGGCUAAUUUUCGGUCUGUAUUUGAACAUUAGAUGUGAGUAUUUCUUAUUAGUCUGCUUUCUGCUAUGCAAUGACUGCAUUUAUACCAUUUCUUUGUUAGUAAAUGUGGAUAGUAUUCUAUUGUAUAAAUUGAUUGCACAAUUGAUCACAGACAAAUAACUCUAUGUAGCUUUUCUACAGUGCUUUGCUAAACCAUGUAAUACUAGUUAAGUCUUCCUUGAAAAUAAAGAUGCACUCUUAUAGGGGACGGUUCCUGUUUACUCCCAGGAAAUUUUUUAAAGAGAUGACAGUGAAUGUUACUGCACCUCGUGCAGUGAAGUGGCAAUAAAACCAAACAUGAAUCGAGACUGUUGAUGGCAGGUGCAUGUAUUGCUUUACAGAGUUUAGCAAAAGCUCUUACUUUUAUGUCACACUGUAUUCUAUUAUAAUAAUAAAGCUAAUAUUAUUCAAUAA